GUCCAAUUUACGCGGUAUAACGAUUGCUAUUUUUCUAUUUCAAAAUUCAGUUAUCCUGGGGGCAUAUUCAAAAAUCAGCAUGACCGUCUGGAUUGCACUCGAAAAUGAGUUGCAUCCAUUUCAUGGGCGAACCUGAUCGUCGACCCACUCUAUCUCCAAUGACGCCAGAGAUUGUGUUUCACAGGUUCGCUGGUUCAUCCGAGGUACUUUCCAGUUUAUAAAUUCAGAGCUGUUCAGGGGAUUCUAGACGGUCUCGACUUUUGGGUCUAGAUAUAAGACUAAUUAUAGUCUUCUGUUAAAUUAUUUUUCCUCAUUCUUAUCUGCAAAGUCCUGCUGCGCGUCUUUGCUACGCUAUAACCAUAGCUUCAUAAUCAAUAAUAUCUAAAUCAGACCACCAUGUCGGAUGCUAACAAGGGUGCCAAAAUCACCCUCUACUGGCUCGAGCAAUCUCGCUCUCACCGCAUCCUCUGGCUCCUCGAAGAACUUAACUUGACCUACGAGCUCAAAACCUUCAAGCGUGGCGCCGACAAGCUCGCCCCGCCUGAACUCAAAGAGAUCCAUCCUCUGGGCAAAUCCCCCGUCAUCUCCAUCGAUAUCCCCGGUUCCUCCAAGCCUAUGGUGUUGGCGGAAUCCGGCCUGAUCACCGAGUACCUCUGUGACCAUUUUGGCGGCGAGAGACUCGUUCCCAAGCGUUAUGUCGAUGGCAAGGAGGGUCAGCUCGCAGGCGAGACUGAGGAGUGGAUGCGAUACCGGUACUUUAUGCACUAUGCCGAGGGCAGUUUGAUGCCUUUGUUGGUUAUGCAGCUGGUUAUGCAGAGCAUCAGAGACGCCCCCAUCCCAUUCUUCCUCAAGCCCAUCACACACAUCGUGGCCUCCAAGGUCGAGCAGGCAUUCCUGAACCGGAACCACGCCGCCCACUUUGCAUUCCUGGAGGACCAGCUCAAGACCGCGCCCAACGGGGGCAAGUACCUCUGCGGCAAGGACCUGACCGCUGCCGACAUCCUGAUGAGUUUCCCUGUUAUCGCGGCCACGCUUCGAUUGGUGGACGCGAAUAAGUUCCCCAAGUUAGCUGCUUACUCGGAGACACUGCAGGGUCAUGAGGCGUACAAGCGGGCUGUUGCUAAGGUUGAACAGGUGGAUGGAAAGUUUGAGGCUUCGAUGUGAUUUGCUUAAGUGAUCAAGGGUCAUGGGUUAUGUGAAUGUUUUGUCAUGAUGUUUCAUAUGUUCACGAGAUUGAUACUUGUGUUUUAUUAUUAAUUUGGAUGUUAUUGGACCUCUAAUUUCGUAUGUUGGCCUUGGAAAUGUUCAUACUCGCCGUCAUAGGCUUUGAUAAACAUGAAACAAAAUACUAUCACUAACCAGUCUGUAUAUAAAUAAAAUUAGUAGUAGUCCAUGCAGUCUAGUGGUUUAUCAAAAACAAAAGGAAAGCAUAAAUGAAACAGAAUUCAAACCUCCUUAACACAAGACAUAUAAAAGGGUAUCACCAGUAUAAAGGAAAUAAGUUGUCAGCAGCCUGGGCCAUCUAUCUAAGCCGAAAUACCACAAAGGCCUUCAG